AUGCGUUCAAUCGGCUUGGUUCUCAAUACAUUCUUCUUCAUUCUCGCUGCCGAUCUCGUCCUCGCAAAAUGGAACUGGGGCUCAGAAUGGAAAAACUCUAAACUCGAUGAUGACCGGUGGCAGGUGUCAGUCGAACCUACUGGUCAAAAGACCGGCUGGUACCAAUUAUCGUGUAAAAGGGCACGAGGAGAAAUCCGCGAUGGCAAGCUACUAGCCCAGAACAAAGACCAUGAUGGUGUCCAGGUAGUUAAUAACUGCGAAAAAAGCUGUCGAUGUAACAUGUUUGGAGAAGUUCUUUUGAACCCACUUGCCGCGGAGAUUUGUAAUAAUGAUAGUUUUUUAAAGAAAUGCAUUGCUACAGACAGAGGGGGGCUUGGUUGCAAAUGCACAUGGAUCCAGCAACCGAAUCUGGCCUUCUCUGAGGUUGCUUCCGAUUGGCUCAAAGGACUUCAGGAUACAAAUCCGGGAGAAAAGGGUGAUUCUCCUAUGGUUGACCCAACUCCACCUCAUAAAGACAAGCAGGGCCCUGGAUUUCAAUGGUUUAACGAGAAAGAGUUCCGCAAACUCUAA